AUGUCGCUCAUCAGUGACCCAGACUACCUUAUCCAUAGCCUGCGUUUGAACUACCUCCGCAAUGUCGAAGAUCCAUACGGCCCGCGGCUCAUAUCUCUCGACCCUAACUAUGACGCGAAUCCCUAUGUCUUCGCGUCCGGCCUCGCCGACAUCGACAAAUGGCCCGAGCUCGCCAUGCCCUCUAGCCCGACACCAGAUGAUGACGAGGCUGGAGGCUCACGCGCGCGUAUUAAUGGCCAAUCAGGCUUUCCUGGAGCGACCGGACUAAAGUACACCACAACGAUCAUGGGCCCGUCCCGAGUCGGUGGGAUGGGAAUGCGUGUUUCUGGCAAGCGUGGCUCGGUGUCCAGGCCGUCCAUCCGCUAUUCGUUGCGCUCUGAAGGGGAGGCAACAACAACCAUUGUUGCAGAAGAGAAGCACGGAGUAGAGGAGCUCCCCGCUGUUACUGCACCAACGGCACCUGCUUCCGCACCCACCGCACCCACUGGCACACUGAAGUCUCCCGAUAAGAAUGCUAUCAUCAAUGGUAGGUCCUCGGUCGGCAAUGUCGCACCUGUGCACAGAGAAACAGAGCAAAUGAAACCAAUCUCGCCGGAGUUUCAUCCGAAGUUCAAGGGAGCUGAAGAGAUGGAGGCAAGGCGGAAGCUGCGCAUGCUCGCGCGCGCGCACCCAGAACUCGCCGCGAAAGCCAACGUAUCUGCGAAUCUGAACGCUGAACUAUCGUCUUCGGAAUCCGAAUCAGGGUUGGAAGGCGACGAAGACGAGUCUGAAAUGCCGGACGAGGAGGAUGAGGAGUUCGAUCUCAUCGAGGGCGCGGACGAUGGCAUUGAGAUAGACGCAGAUGAUUUUGAGCCAGACUUUGCCGCGAGUCGCGGGAUGAGCGGUCUGGGUAUGCACUCCGACGAGUCCGGGGUAUCUCUUCUCUCAGAUACGCCCUCCGGGAUGCUCACCUCUGCUGCCUCCGGAUCUUUCAUGGCGAGCUCUUCCGUGCCACCCACGGGCAGCAGCAGUGCCGAUGCGCCCAGGGGUAUGCGACUUAGCCCCGUCCGCGAGACACGAAAUAGCGACGAGCGGCACGUCGAUGACCUCCCUACUCGCCCUGAGGAAUCAGCGCCCAUUGACCUCGGCUUUGACAUGGUAGUGCCCGCUCCGAAGGCGCAUAUAAGCGCUGCGAGGCCCAAGCAGGCACGCCCAACACCUCUCACGCCAACGAUUCCGAGGAGCCCGCCCUCCGCCGUGGAUGGCGACCUCUUCGCGAGGCGUCCUGUCGGUCCAAUAGUCCCAGCCAAGUCCGCACUCACGGCGUUGCUCGCGGCGACAGCAAAUUCGUCCUCGUCCAACCCGUUCACGGAGCUGUACAGUGCCAUUUCGGCACGAUCAGAUGGAGAUAGUGUCACGGUGCUUGUAUACUUUCCGCAUACUGCCGAGCCAGCGGGUCAUCCACUGGAGCUCAAGAUACGAAAGGAUGCGACGGUGGAGGAGGUGCUUGGUUUCGCUUUGUGGACGUAUUGGGAGGAGGGAUGGCUGCCGAAGAUCGACGAGGGCCUGAAGGGCGAGGAAGAUUCGGCAUGGGAGACGAGAUGCUCUGCGGUCGGCUGGAUCCUGCGGAUUGCUGAGGACGAUGGGGAAGUGGAUGAAGAUUUCCCUCCUCCGGACAGGACGGGGAAGAUUUCAAAGUUCAACUUCGAUGCCUACGCUGUCCUUGCAGCGACGCCGGCGCAAAUUCAACAGAACAAGACUCUGGAGUCCAAGAUCCAGCGGCGCCCGUCUCGCAUUGUUGUCAAGAAGAAGUCGACGGGAUUCUUGAACGUAGCAGGCGUGAACACUACCCUUGUUCCGCCUGUCGAUUCAUUCGCCGGGACAAGCGCAGGGCUAAGCUCUCUCGCUUCGUCUGUUGGGAUGUUCCCAAGUUCGCUGGGGCCGUCCUCAAGUCACGGUCCCCCACAGUUCCUGCGCAUACGGAUCGCAGAUACAGCUGAUGCAGGCCACGUCUCUACGACUAUCCAAGCCUCGGGCGGCAUGUACAUGGCAGAAGUGCUCGAAGCAGCUUGUCAGAAGCGCAAGCUGAACAAUUCGAAGGACUACGCGCUGGUGCUUGACCUGGGUACAGCGAAGGUGUACAUACCACUCGAUCGUACCGUGAAGAGUCUGCAGGGCAAGCGGGAUCUGAUCCUUAUGAAAAAGAACAUGCUGCAAACCUACGGAGUCGAGAUUAGCCAUAAUGCCGGCAGGACGACAGAUCCAAAUGCAUCCAUCAUCAAGCGAAACUCCGAGGCGCUUGAGCCCGUCUUCAGCUCCAUUUUCGAUUACACGAAUGCAUACAGGAAAUAUACAGUUUAUCGUAAGGUGCCUAUGCUGGUCACCAGGAGUGCACGUCUCCUGGCAAUUGAUGGAGGCUACAUCCACAUCAUUCCGCAAUCGAACAAGGCAAAACACGUCUUCGACGGUGGCAAGACAUCAUCUUAUCAUCUGAAGAGCGUCGUUGCCUGUCAGCUGUCCAGUAAGAACAGCUCGACGUUCAAGCUGGUGGUGCAUAGCAAUGCCGCGCGGAACAAGCGAUAUGACUUUGAAGCAGAGAGCCCGAAGAUUGCUACUGAAAUUGUGCAGACGAUACGUAGCCUGAAGACGGCAAUGGAGCGGCCGGGGACAAUUAAGCAGUCUCGUAGAAGUAGACAUGGAGCUUGA